ACCGCCUGAACCGCGAGUAGCAAGCCGCGCUCCGUAACUACCGGUGCCACGCAACCUGUGCCUUGGACCCCGUCCCAGAGGGGUGGCAUCGGGUAGCAAAGCAUCCACCUCAGUCCGGUCCUUCUUGCCUCAUUGCUUUCAUCUUUCUACACCGUGGCAUAUCCGAAGGUGAAACGGGAGAGAUCCAUUUCCCGGAAACCUUGCUGAGGAAAUACUCGGCCUUGCCACGAUGCGUUUGUCGGUUGAUGAAAGCGGGAUACAGGGCCGUUGAACUUUAUCACCAAUAAAGGUACCUCUAUCCGUCUGCGCCCUUGAUCGCCCAAGCCACCACCACGCCGUGCCUUAGCCUUGGUGGUCGAUCAACCGCACACACACACCCCUCCGCCCUUCCCGCAGCACACCAUGUCCGGACACGGCUACUCCAGCGUCCAGGAGACGAAGCGCAUCGUCGACCUCGUCCUCCAGCUUGUAUCUCUGCCCCCCGAGAUCAGAUGCGCAGCAGAGAGGAAUGUGUCGUUCACGUCCUCGCGCGACUUCCCCUACUUCCCCAUCCCAUUCAAGGAGACCGAGCUGGGCGCAGCCCUCAAGGCGAUCGAGGCGAGCGUCGCCUGCGCGCUCGCAGACCUACAAGAUGGGGGCUCGCCGGGAAGCCGGAAGAUCACCGUAAACCUCGAACGGACCACGGCGUUCCUGUUCCAAGCCUACCUGGCAACCGUUGGCGGGUGCGGAAAGCUGGACAGCGAAGUCAAGCGCUUCUUGAAAGAUACGGACUUGCUCCAGGCACAGUCGGACCCCUACCGGCGAAUGUCGGCCAAUCUCUACGAGACCAAAGACAAGGGGAAGUACUACCACAUCCACGGGUCGCUCGAGGCAUCGACGACCUUGGGGAUGAUCGGGCUUGAGCCCUUCAGGCCCGACCUCGGCGGGGAGCAUGACGCCAUCGUCGAGACCAUCGGAGCACACGUGAAGAAGUACACAGUCGACGAGCUCGAGCAGAUGAACACGAAAAACCGGCAGGCUGGCAUCCCGGCGUUGACGCACGAGGAGUUCCUGCAGACGCCACAUGGCAAGACCAACAUCAACCUCCCCCCCUGGACAGUCGACAGCCUCGAGUCCUCAACACCACCCCACCCGCUAUCCAAGCCCACCGACGGGCGCAUCCUCUCGGGGAUCAAGGUCCUCGAGCUGUGCCGCAUCAUCGCGGGACCCGUGAUGGGCCGCAUCUUGGGCGAGUACGGCGCCGACGUGCUCAAGGUGACGGGGCCGGGGCUCAGCGACGUGCCCUUCUUCCAGGUCGACGGCAACAUGGGCAAGCGGGCCGCCGAGCUCGACCUCAAGUCCCCCGCCGGCAGGCGGGCCUUUGAGCGGCUCCUCGAAGAGGCGGACGUCGUCCUCGACGGGUACCGCCCCGGGGCGCUGGAGGGGCUUGGAUACGGGCCACGGGCGCUGGCGGAGGUGGCGCGGCGGCGGGGGAAGGGGUUCGUGUAUGUCAAUGAGAACUGCUUCGGGUACGAGGGCGAGUGGGCUGGGAGGCCUGGGUGGCAGCAGAUUGCGGAUUGUGUCAGCGGAGUGGCAUGGGAACAGGGCAAGUUCAUGGGCCUGGACGAGCCCGUGGUGCCGCCGUUCCCGAUAUCAGACUACGGCACCGGCUGCAUCGGCGCGAUCGCGGCCAUGACGGGGCUGUACUACCGGGCGACCAAGGGCGGGUCGUGGCACGGCAAGGCGUCGCUGAUGCACUACGACCUGCUGCUGUUCAAGGCCGGAAAGUACCCCGAGGCCGUGCAGGAGGAGCUGAGGAGGCGGGCCGGCGAGGACUUCCUCGCCCUCCGGCACAGCCACAGCGUCGACCAGAUCUCGGGGACGGCGCUGAAGAACAUGAAGGCGCAGUUCCCGGAGCUCUUCGACGCCGACAAGCUGUGCGAGGCAUGGUACUCGGACGCCUACAAGGCGGACGUGGUCGCCGUUCGGCCCGUGGUGGAGAUCGAGGGCGUUGAAGUAGCGUUCAAACGGGCGAGCAGACCUAAUGGGUCGGAUCCGGCGACCUGGGAUUUUGGUCCGGGCCUAGAUUACAGGAAAUGAUGCGUAAUGGUGGAGCUACAGGUUGCUGGGUCGGGCCAUACAGUUAAUUGUAUGUAAUGUACAUGUAGAUAAACAUGGCCCAGAUGAUGUAUCUAGAACACGCAUAAGCAGCAUAAUGCCCUCGGUGCGGGAACAUUACACGUGUACAACAGAGGCUGGCUCUGACCCAGGGCAACACCUGCCCAGCCGGGCAUCUAUGUGCCAAUGCGCCAUGCAUGAGUUUGAUCCAAUGACGUAUGCUUUAAAGUCCCUCG